AUGGUUCGAAAAGGUCUAUUUGGAUAUUUGGGGCUCUGCUGCCUUGUCGGUCUCUACUUUUUUGGCAAUUCCCGAAAGUUGAAUGGUUACGGUGCUUCAAAACGGGAAACAUCACAUGACAUAUCUGCAUCUGAUUCAAAGCUAGAAUCAACACUGCAUGAUAAUUCUUCGCAGCACAAAGUCAACAUCCGGGUGUUGUAUAAUGUAUCUGAAUACACCAACGCGUCAUCAUCGUUAUCCUCAUCAGCAUCAUCAGCAAAUGCUGCAUACCCAAACCUUUUCGACGGCAAAGAGUAUACUACAACUCUGAAUCCAGCUGACCACACCAACACGUCAUCGAUGGCAUCAUAUCUUGCUAACAACCAAAGUCUUUUGGAGAACAGAGAGGAUUUCACGGAAACAAAUUCAUCUGAAUACACGACCACCACGGCAUCAUCAUCAUCAUCAUCAUCAUCGCCAUCGCCGCCACAUCACGCUAGUACUAGGAGCAUCCAAAGCAACAACUCCGCGAACAAUAUCUAUUAUCUCAAUGGCACGUAUGCUGUUGUGAACCCGUGGUAUGGCUGGCAACCAGAACCACAUGCCAUGGAUUGUUCCUGGGAAGAAUGCAAGGUGAACGAUCACACGUGCAAGUAUUGUCGGGAUUCUUGGGAGGAAUUUUAUGCGGAUGUACCCAACAUCUCCUCCAUCGAUCCUGGGAAGGAUUGGAUUCCGGAUGUCACCAUGUUGCGCCGGAUGUAUUUGGAUGGAUACGAUGCCAAUGGGAAUCCAUGGCCACCACCUUUAGACGACGAGUUGUGCCAGUUAAUGGGAAAUACAUCGAGCAAGGAGCUGUUGGACGUGGUACCGAUCACAGCGCCCCCCAUGCCAAGAAGGUCAGAACCAGAAGGGAACAGAGUUUUGUGCAUGAUCUAUACCAUGGAAAAGAAGCAUCACACUGCCAUUCGAGUGAUGCGGGAAACCUGGGCUCCGGGUUGCGAUGGUUUCCUUGCCUUUUCAACAAAGUCCGAUCCUCGGAUACCCGCAAUCAGUGUAAACCACAUGGGGCGAGAAAAGUACGGUAACAUGUGGCAAAAGGUUAUAAGCAUGAAUAUGUUUGUGGGGCAACACUACAUAUCGCAAUUUGAUUGGUUCUACAUUGGUGGUGAUGAUUUGGUAGCCUUUCCACAAAACUUGAAGAACUAUUUGGCAAGGUUCAAUUCCAGCGAAGCUCACUACAUAGGGAGACGCUUCAAAUUUGAUGAAGUCGGGUUCAAUACGGGGGGUGCGGGCUAUGCGCUUAGUCGACCGUCGCUCCAGUGUUUAGUCGAUCACAGGAUAGACUCUCGCUGCAUGCCUUGGAAAGCGUCAGCGCAAGAGGACGUCCUCACGGGCCGAUGCCUAAAACAUGCUUGCAAUAUCACUUAUACGGACACCCGAGACGAGCAACUUCGGGAGAGAUUUCAUCAUUUCGGCCCACAACUGCUGUACAUCUACAAAGGAAAAAUUCCCUGGUACAGGAAAUACAACAAGGAGUGGGGAGUAUUGUCAGGAAAAGACUGUUGUUCUCCAGAGACUAUCAACUUUCAUUACAUCAAGAAUCCAGCCACAGUACGGUUCCUCCAUCAUUACGUCCACAACUGCAACCGAACUAUACAAUGA